AUGAAGAUAUCCCUCAGCAUAAGUGGCGAUACCAUCACUACGGUACACUGCGCUUUGCCAUUUGCAACAGCUGUGGAUGUGGCCUUAAUGGCAGCCCACAUCUCUCGAGGAUGUACAGUCAUAUUGACUCUAAAUGUCACAGCUCAUGGGGAAAACACAGUUGUUACUGCUGGAGGAAGUACCACCACCACCGCCAGAGGAAUUACUAGAGCCACCACUGGAGAAGUUGGCAACAAUGCAGUGGGCGGCAAACUUGAAGGCCCCAUUUUGGGAUGUGCUGCCCACACAACCACCCCUGACGUCUCCUCCAUGGCUUUGGAAGGUUCCUCUGAAAGCACCUCUCCCAGCGUCAACGGCGCUGCUUCUACAACCCCCCCAUUUGCUCCCUACGCAACUUCUCUGGGUCCUGAGAGCAUUGCUACAACAACCCAAACCGGAGCUGGGUUGGAUGUUCCAGGAAGUGACAUCAGCUUCUUGGGGGAAGGCUCCCCUGGCCAGGAACAUUUUGCCUCGACAGAAAACCCUGAGGAUCUGACCCUCCUUUCGACAGAGAAUUUUACUGGCACCGUUGCUGGAAAAACUAACACUCCGCAGCAGGAAGAGACCACCGUCCCACCUGUAAAUGCCACUCCCACUCUUAGAAAGUCCACGGUCCAUGUGGAAGGUAAUAAGCAACCAAUCUAUAGCCCUGCUGAGUUGGCUUCUUCAGGGUAG